AUGAGCAGCAACUUGCAGCUUAACACAUGCGGGGCAUUCACAAUGCGCCGGGAUUGUCACCUGUGUGAUAGCCCAACGCAACUUUACGUGCCACAACUACGGCGGGCGUCACACAGGCCGAUGCAUUUAAAUACUGAUGGGUACGAGGUGAAGCGUUCUUCCUCUCCGGUUGCCGAUUCUCCUUCACGUCAAUCGUGGGUGGAAACAAGGAAAAUGGCCGUGACACUGGGAGAGCUCGAAGAGCUAUACCGCGCAAACAAUAAGAACCGCCACGGCACAUGGAAGGCGGCAGCGGCGCAGGACGAAACGGACACCAUUAAAGAAGAGUGCAGAUGGUUAACGGAACAGCGAGACACGUUGGGGAAAAAAGUCGAAGAGCUUCAAAACCAGCUGAAAGAAGAGCGGAAAAAGAAUGCACGGUCUCCAAGCAUCACGUUCUCCCUGCAGACGGAAGCCGAUACGACGCGCAUGAGUGGCCAACAACUACUGACAGCACUAAAAGAGGAAAAUAUGGCAAUAAAAAAACAAAAAAAAGCCAUGGAGAAGGCACUGAGAGACACACAGAACAACGCUAUUCACUCCAAACACCAGGAGAGAAUUCUCCAAGAAAAAUACCGUGACGCCAAACAGGAAAACAAACGAUUAAAAGAAAAAAACCUUCGGGCUCAACAAAAUAUCGAACAUCUUACGCACCUCCUAAAAAUCACAACGAUGGCAAAAGAAACUGCAGAAAACGAUGCUGCGGCAAUCGAAGAAGCAUUGAAGCAGGCGGAGAACGACAUUGAGGAAUUAAUGCGCCAGAUAUCCACCUACAAAAAAGAAAAUCAACACGACAACCAUUAUCAUCUGGAAGCUCAAACAAACACAAAAACAAAGGGGAAAAACACUCCAAAGCCAUUAAACCAAACACAAGAGAACGAUGAUUAUACAACAGUAACGCAAUUCAAGAACAACAAAAUAAAAAAAGAAAAUCACACAAAUGACAAAGAAUCACGAAAAGAAAAAGAAGAGAAUACAACAUCUUGUAAAGAGAAAGAUGAUGCCACAAAGGCGAAAAAUCACCUGCAGCGGGAGAGAGACGCCGUGGCGGAGAAUUCUGUGCUGCAGAAGGAGAGGGAUGAAGCCGUGGCGGAGAAUUCUGUGCUGCAGAAGGAGAGGGAUGACGCCGUGGCGGAGAAUGCCCAGCUGCAGAAGGAGAGGGAUGACGCCGUGGCGGAGAAUGCCCAGCUGCAGAGGGAGAGGGAUGAAGCCGUGGCGGAGAAUGCCCAGCUGCAGAAGGAGAGGGAUGACGCCGUGGCGGAGAAUGCCCAGCUGCAGAAGGAGAGGGAUGACGCCGUGGCGGAGAAUGCCCAGCUGCAGAAGGAGAGGGAUGACGCCGUGGCGGAGAAUUCUGUGCUGCAGAAGGAGAGGGAUGACGCCGUGGCGGAGAAUUCUGUGCUGCAGAAGGAGAGGGAUGACGCCGUGGCGGAGAAUGCCCAGCUGCAGAAGGAGAGGGAUGAAGCCGUGGCGGAGAAUUCAGUGCCGCAGAGGGAGAGGGAUGACGCCGUGGCGGAGAAUUCAGUGCCGCAGAGGGAGAGGGAUGACGCCGUGGCGGAGAAUGCCCAGCUGCAGAGGGAGAGGGAUGACGCCGUGGCGGAGAAUUCAGUGCCGCAGAGGGAGAGGGAUGAAGCCGUGGCGGAGAAUGCCCAGCUGCAGAGGGAGAGGGAUGACGCCGUGGCGGAGAAUUCAGUGCCGCAGAGGGAGAGGGAUGAAGCCGUGGCGGAGAAUGCCCAGCUGCAGAGGGAGAGGGAUGACGCCGUGGCGGAGAAUGCCCAGCUGCAGAGGGAGAGGGAUGACGCCGUGGCGGAGAUUGCCCAGCUGCAGAAGGAGAGGGAUGACGCCGUGGCGGAGAAUGGCCAGCUGCAGAAGGAGAGGGAUGACGCCGUGGCGGAGAAUGCCCAGCUGCAGAAGGAGAGGGAUGAAGCCGUGGCGGAGAAUGCCCAGCUGCAGAAGGAGAGGGAUGACGCCGUGGCGGAGAAUUCUCUACUGCAGAAGGAGAGGGACGAAGCCGUGGCGGAGAAUGCCCAGCUGCAGAGGGAGAGGGAUGACGCCGUGGCGGAGAAUUCUGUGCUGCAGAAGGAGAGGGAUGAAGCCGUGGCGGAGAAUUCUGUGCUGCAGAAGGAGAGGGAUGACGCCGUGGCAGAGAAUGCCCAGCUGCAGAAGGAGAGGGAUGACGCCGUGGCGGAGAUUGCCCAGCUGCAGAGGGAGAGGGAUGACGCCGUGGCAGAGAAUGCCCAGCUGCAGAAGGAGAGGGAUGAAGCCGUGGCGGAGAAUGCCCAGCUGCAGAGGGAGAGGGAUGAAGCCGUGGCGGAGAAUGCCCAGCUGCAGAGGGAGAGGGAUGACGCCGUGGCGGAGAUUGCCCAGCUGCAGAGGGAGAGGGAUGACGCCGUGGCGGAGAAUGCCCAGCUGCAGAAGGAGAGGGAUGACGCCGUGGCGGAGAAUGCCCAGCUGCAGAAGGAGAGGGAUGACGCCGUGGCGGAGAAUGCCCAGCUGCAGAAGGAGAGGGAUGAAGCCGUGGCGGAGAAUGCCCAGCUGCAGAAGGAGAGGGAUGACGCCGUGGCGGAGAAUUCUGUGCUGCAGAAGGAGAGGGAUGACGCCGUGGCGGAGAAUGCCCAGCUGCAGAAGGAGAGGGAUGACGCCGUGGCGGAGAAUUCUGUGCUGCAGAAGGAGAGGGACGAAGCCGUGGCGGAGAAUGCCCAGCUGCAGAAGGAGAGGGAUGACGCCGUGGCGGAGAAUGCCCAGCUGCAGAAGGAGAGGGAUGACGCCGUGGCGGAGAAUGCCCAGCUGCAGAAGGAGAGGGAUGAAGCCGUGGCGGAGAAUGCCCAGCUGCAGAGGGAGAGGGAUGACGCCGUGGCGGAGAUUGCCCAGCUGCAGAAGGAGAGGGAUGACGCCGUGGCGGAGAAUUCUGUGCUGCAGAAGGAGAGGGAUGAAGCCGUGGCGGAGAAUUCUGUGCUGCAGAAGGAGAGGGAUGAAGCCGUGGCGGAGAAUUCUGUGCUGCAGAAGGAGAGGGACGAAGCCGUGGCGGAGAAUUCUGUGCUGCAGAAGGAGAGGGAUGAAGCCGUGGCGGAGAAUUCUGUGCUGCAGAAGGAGAGGGAUGAAGCCGUGGCGGAGAAUGCCCAGCUGCAGAAGGAGAGGGAUGAAGCCGUGGCGGAGAAUGCCCAGCUGCAGAAGGAGAGGGAUGACGCCGUGGCGGAGAAUGCCCAGCUGCAGAAGGAGAGGGAUGAAGCCGUGGCGGAGAAUGCCCAGCUGCAGAGGGAGAGGGAUGACGCCGUGGCGGAGAUUGCCCAGCUGCAGAGGGAGAGGGAUGACGCCGUGGCGGAGAAUUCUGUGCCGCAGAAGGAGAGGGAUGACGCCGUGGCGGAGAAUGCCCAGCUGCAGAGGGAGAGGGAUGACGCCGUGGCGGAGAAUGCCCAGCUGCAGAGGGAGAGGGAUGACGCCGUGGCGGAGAAUUCUGUGCUGCAGAAGGAGAGGGAUGACGCCGUGGCGGAGAAUGCCCAGCUGCAGAAGGAGAGGGAUGAAGCCGUGGCGGAGAAUGCCCAGCUGCAGAAGGAGAGGGAUGACGCCGUGGCGGAGAAUGCCCAGCUGCAGAAGGAGAGGGAUGACGCCGUGGCGGAGAAUUCUGUGCUGCAGAAGGAGAGGGAUGACGCCGUGGCGGAGAAUGCCCAGCUGCAGAGGGAGAGGGAUGACGCCGUGGCGGAGAAUUCUGUGCUGCAGAAGGAGAGGGAUGACGCCGUGGCGGAGAAUGCCCAGCUGCAGAAGGAGAGGGAUGAAGCCGUGGCGGAGAAUGCCCAGCUGCAGAAGGAGAGGGAUGACGCCGUGGCGGAGAAUGCCCAGCUGCAGAAGGAGAGGGAUGACGCCGUGGCGGAGAAUUCUGUGCCGCAGAGGGAGAGGGAUGACGCCGUGGCGGAGAAUGCCCAGCUGCAGAAGGAGAGGGAUGACGCCGUGGCGGAGAAUUCUGUGCUGCAGAAGGAGAGGGAUGAAGCCGUGGCGGAGAAUGCCCAGCUGCAGAAGGAGAGGGAUGACGCCGUGGCGGAGAAUGCCCAGCUGCAGAAGGAGAGGGAUGACGCCGUGGCGGAGAAUGCCCAGCUGCAGAGGGAGAGGGAUGACGCCGUGGCGGAGAAUGCCCAGCUGCAGAAGGAGAGGGAUGACGCCGUGGCGGAGAAUGCCCAGCUGCAGAAGGAGAGGGAUGACGCCGUGGCGGAGAAUGCCCAGCUGCAGAAGGAGAGGGAUGACGCCGUGGCGGAGAAUGCCCAGCUGCAGAAGGAGAGGGAUGACGCCGUGGCGGAGAAUUCUGUGCUGCAGAAGGAGAGGGAUGACGCCGUGGCGGAGAAUGCCCAGCUGCAGAAGGAGAGGGAUGACGCCGUGGCGGAGAAUGCCCAGCUGCAGAGGGAGAGGGAUGACGCCGUGGCGGAGAUUGCCCAGCUGCAGAGGGAGAGGGAUGACGCCGUGGCGGAGAAUGCCCAGCUGCAGAAGGAGAGGGAUGACGCCGUGGCGGAGAAUGCCCAGCUGCAGAAGGAGAGGGAUGACGCCGUGGCGGAGAAUUCUGUGCUGCAGAAGGAGAGGGAUGAAGCCGUGGCGGAGAAUGCCCAGCUGCAGAGGGAGAGGGAUGACGCCGUGGCGGAGAAUUCUGUGCUGCAGAAGGAGAGGGAUGACGCCGUGGCGGAGAAUGCCCAGCUGCAGAAGGAGAGGGAUGACGCCGUGGCGGAGAAUUCUGUGCUGCAGAAGGAGAGGGAUGAAGCCGUGGCGGAGAAUGCCCAGCUGCAGAAGGAGAGGGAUGAAGCCGUGGCGGAGAAUGCCCAGCUGCAGAAGGAGAGGGAUGACGCCGUGGCGGAGAAUGCCCAGCUGCAGAAGGAGAGGGAUGAUGCCGUGGCGGAGAAUGCCCAGCUGCAGAGGGAGAGGGAUGACGCCGUGGCGGAGAUUGCCCAGCUGCAGAGGGAGAGGGAUGACGCCGUGGCGGAGAAUGCCCAGCUGCAGAAGGAGAGGGAUGACGCCGUGGCGGAGAAUGCCCAGCUGCAGAAGGAGAGGGAUGACGCCGUGGCGGAGAAUGCCCAGCUGCAGAGGGAGAGGGAUGACGCCGUGGCGGAGAUUGCCCAGCUGCAGAGGGAGAGGGAUGACGCCGUGGCGGAGAAUUCUGUGCCGCAGAGGGAGAGGGACGACGCCGUGGCGGAGAAUGCCCAGCUGCAGAGGGAGAGGGAUGACGCCGUGGCGGAGAAUGGCCAGCUGCAGAAGGAGAGGGAUGACGCCGUGGCGGAGAAUGCCCAGCUGCAGAAGGAGAGGGAUGACGCCGUGGCGGAGAAUGCCCAGCUGCAGAAGGAGAGGGAUGAAGCCGUGGCGGAGAAUGCCCAGCUGCAGAAGGAGAGGGAUGACGCCGUGGCGGAGAGAUAUGUGCUGCAGAAGGAGAGGG